UGGAGGAGGAGGAGGAGGAGGAGGCGGCGGCGAGAAGAUGGCGACUUCGAACAAUCCGCGGAAAUUUAGCGAAAAAAUCGCACUGCACAACCAGAAGCAGGCGGAGGAGACGGCGGCCUUCGAGGAGGUCAUGAAGGACCUGAGCCUGACGCGGGCCGCGCGGCUUCAACUGCAGAAGUCCCAGUACCUGCAGCUGGGCCCCAGCCGCGGCCAGUACUAUGGCGGAUCCCUGCCCAACGUGAACCAGAUUGGAAGUGGCAGCAUGGAUUUCUCCUUCCAGACACCGUUUCAGUCCUCAGGCCUGGACACCAGUCGGACCACACGACACCAUGGGCUUGUGGACAGAGUGUGUCGUGAGCGCGGCAGACUCGGCUCCCCGCACCGCCGGCCCCUCUCAGUUGACAAGCAUGGGCGACAGGCUGACAGCUGCCCCUAUGGCACCGUGUACCUCUCGCCUCCUGCAGAUACCAGCUGGAGGAGGACCAACUCUGACUCCGCCCUGCACCAGAGCACAAUGGCACCCACCCAGGUAGAGUCCUUCACAGGCGGGUCCCAGGACGCACAGCAGAAAAGAGUCUUACUACUCACUGUCCCAGGCAUGGAGGAGACCCGGUCUGAGGCGGACAAGACACUUUCUAAGCAGUCGUGGGACUCAAAGAAGACGGGUUCCAGGCCCAAGUCCUGCGAGGUUCCUGGGAUCAACAUCUUCCCAUCUGCAGAGCAGGAGAGCACAGCAUCCCUGAUCCCCGCUACCCACAACACAGGGGGCUCCCUCCCUGACCUCACCAACACCCAUUUUCCCUCCCCACUCCCGACGCCGCUGGAUCCCGAGGAGCCCCCGUUCCCUGCUCUCACCAGCUCUAGCAGCACCGGCAGCCUUGCACAUCUGGGCCUCAGCAGCACUGGUCAGGGUGUGAGCACCCCCAGCUCUUCUCCACAGCACCGGCCAGCAGUCAUCAGCCCGCUGUCCCUGAGCACAGAGGCCAGGCGGCAGCAGGCUCAGCAGGUGUCACCCACCCUGUCCCCGCUGUCACCCAUCACUCAGGCCGUGGCCAUGGACACCUUGUCCCUGGAACAACAGCUGCCCUACGCUUUCUUCACCCAGGCUGGUUCUCAGCAGCCUCCCCCACAGCCCCAGCCUCCACCUCCUCCUCCGCCCGUGUCGCAGCAGCCACCACCCCCACAGGUGUCCGUGGGCCUCCCCCAGGGUGGCCCACUGCUGCCCAGUGCCAGCCUGACAAGAGGGCCCCAGCUGCCACCACUCUCAGUCACUGUCCCGUCCACUCUCCCCCAGUCUCCUGCAGAGAACCCCGGCCAGUCACCUAUGGGGAUCGACGCCACCUCGGCCCCGUCUCUGCAGUACCGCACGAGCGCAGGCUCACCCGCCAACCAGUCUCCCACCUCUCCAGUCUCCAAUCAAGGCUUCUCCCCUGGAAGUUCCCCGCAACACACAUCCACCCUGGGCAGCGUGUUUGGGGACGCGUACUAUGAACAGCAGAUGACAGCCAGGCAGGCCAAUGCUCUGUCCCGCCAGCUGGAGCAGUUCAACAUGCUGGAGAAUGCCAUCAGCCCCAGCAGCCUGUACAGCCCGGGCUCCACACUCAACUAUGCCCAGGCCGCCAUGAUGGGUCUGAGCGGGAGCCAUGGAGGCCUGCAGGACCCACAGCAGCUCAGCUACACGGGCCACGGCGGGAUCCCCGACAUUAUCCUCACGGUGACAGGAGAGUCCCCCCCCAGCCUCUCUAAGGACCUGAGCAGCACACUGGCAGGGGUCAGUGAUGUUGGCUUUGACUCAGACCAUCAGUUCCCACUGGACGAACUGAAGAUCGACCCUCUGACCCUGGACGGACUUCAUAUGUUGAAUGACCCCGACAUGGUCCUAGCCGACCCGGCCACCGAGGACACCUUCCGAAUGGACCGCCUGUGAGUGGCCGUGCUUGCCACCCACCGCUGGUCAGUCCCCGACGGCGCCGCUCCAAACCUGGGGAUGGCGAUGUUCCGUCCUCCUUUGCCAACGGCCAAGCUUGUGGUUCUGAGCUUGCAAUGCUGCCCAGCACCCCCUGCCAGCCGCUAUCCUGGUUGUUCACCUCCCUGAUGCCAGGCCAGCUAUCUGUCCAUCUAUUCAUCCAGCUCCAGCCAGGCUGACCACAGGGACUGUGAGUGCCUGGCCCCCAUGGACUUUCCCCACGCUCGCUCCUGGCCCCUCGUCAGGGAUGAUGGGGCCCUCAUCAGUGGUCCACUUCCAAGAUACCCAAAGUGUCACUCACUCCUAGAUGUGCUGCACAGGGGGCUGGGGCCUGAGCGUGGGAGUGCCCCAGAGGCUAAGGUGCACCGUCCAUUCAACUGUUCUCAGCUGUCACUGCCUCUCUUCAUCCCUGCCCCUCCUCUGCCAUCACCCCCAGUCCUGGUCAGGUCACGCAUGCCCACCAUGCCCAGGGCGAAGACAGCAGAGCAAAGGGACAGACCCGGAGCAGAAUAAACACUAUUGGAUGGCGGCCUUUCAUAUUCCUGAGCACUCUUGGAGCCUGACAGUCGACCUGUGGUCAAACGUGGCGUGGUCAGAGCCCACUGAAGCAGCCAGUGUCCCCCGUCCACCCUCUUUCAAGGACCCUUAGCCUACUGCCAGACAAUGCCCAGCAUCGCAAUACAGGGCAGAUGGAGAGUCAUGGGCCGCCUGCCCAUUUUCAUCCUUCCUUCCCAGUCCUGUGAUUGGUCCUUACUGCUGCUUAGGAACUGGGGCUCAGGCGGCAGCAACCCUGUGGGUUUUGCUUUUCCUUGAGUUUGUAUUAACGUUUGGUGGCUGACCCUCCAGCCUCUCUGGCAUGGAAGCACGUGUUAGCCCCAGUCCCACCUUGACCUUUUUUCUUUUAUUUUUUCAAGCCGGGCUGCCUGGCUGCACACCCAGAUGUCACUCACCUGCACUUAGUCUCAACUCCAAAGAGCUGGAUGGGCAAGGAGGGGACUGGAUGCAAGGUCCUGGUGACAAAACUGUCUGUAAGAACCACAGAACAGACUCCUAGGAACAGGCCUUGACUUUCAUUGGGGACCUCUGGAGAACCCAUUUCCUCUGAGCCUCCCCAAGGUGCCAGCCAGGCCUCAGUAGUUGGCUGUUUGCCACAUCUCUAUGCUAACACUCUGUGUUGGGAGCUGUGGACCUGGCUUGUCUUUUGUGGGCCACUUUUAGCCUGGAAGCUCUGAUUCCCCACGACCUUGAGUUACAGCUUGAUGCUGUCACAUGCCUUUAUCCACCAGGGCCACGCCUUUUGCUUGUUUCUCGGUGAUUUCACCCAUUGCCCGUGCUGGGGGCUUGGGGAGCACGGGAACUGUGUGUGUCUUUCCCCAAGCCGCUCUGUGACUGCCUGCAUGAGAGAGCCACUGCCCUCCAUCACCGUGCCCCACCCCGUUCCCGUGGACUUGGAAGCCACUGCCCCUCCAUCACCGUGCCCCACCCCGUUCCCGUGGACUUGGAAGCCACUGCCCCUCCAUCACCGUGCCCCACCCCGUUCCCGUGGACUUGGAAGCCACUGCCCCUCCAUCACCGUGCCCCACCCCGUUCCCGUGGACUUGGAGACAUAGCAUUGGUUUGUCUGGUUCACCUGUCACCAUGGUGUGUGCUCGAAGGGAAUAGCGGGGACAUCACCAUCAUCCUCCUUAGGAAGCAUGCAUGGUGCGUGCUUGUCUGUCACCCUGCCUGAGCUAUGUGAGACCCUGUCUUAAGACAGAAGGUGCACAUGCUUGGAGUCUGAUUCUCCCCAGGUGGAGAAGCCUGAACAAACAGCCUUAGCAAGGUAGAGAGCCAGAGGCAGUUGUCAGGCAAGGCCCGGCUUCCAGGAGCCAGUCACUGGCCUUUCAGGUUCUCAGUGAGCUGGGGCAGGAGGGACAUGGCCCUGUGACUCCCCGACGUUUGUGGCCUCGUUUUCAACACCCCACAGCCAGGAGUGUGCAUGUAGCUGUGUUAGCAUGACUCGGUUCAUUGCCAAGUUCUUUGAUGGGGUGAUGGGGCCCCAGCCAGGGGUUAGGUGCCUGCGUGUUCUGGAUGGGCUCACUCUUCCCCCACCCUGGGCCUAGAGGCUCGGUGGCAGUGGUACCCCUGAGGGUAGUCUUUGUUUUCUAGAUGUCAGUUAUCUUGCCUAGUAUUGCCAAGCUAUCCUGAGUCAGGGCUGUGGGGGCCCCCAGCUGGUGACGUGACAUACUGACCCAUUGAACUUUGUUGGGAGCAGCUAUCCUGGAAUCCCCACAACAUGUACAUAGACCUCUGCCCACAUCCAUGCUUUCUCAGGACAGGUUUGGACACCUGGCCUUUCCCCGCAGACCUCAGCCAUGUGCCAUCUUCAGCCGAGCCUCAACCAUGAGGCGGUCUGACCCAUGUCUCCAUUUCAGAACAAAGUGGAGCACUAUGCUCAGAUGCCUCAAUUUACCUCACUGUUUCAGCCCCUGGGGCAGUGGUUGUCCACGCACAGGCCUCCAGACGGAGGAGGCAGCUGCACCCAGCCCAUUUCUGUGUCCCCUCCAGCGACAGGUCCUGUCGAUGUUCCUUCUUUGUGCCGUUCAAUGCCAGGGAGGGCUCUCAAGUUCAUUGCAUACUUAGCCUGCCCUUUAGCUCUUUGAAAGACACUUGCAGGGGCCCUAGCGAGACCCACACGCCACCCCCAGCAUGCCAGGAUGGCUGGCAGCUGUCACAGUGGGCCUGGUGCAGGACAAGAACAGGCAGAAGGUACGGAGGCAGCCGCCUGUGCCAGUGCUGACCACUGUGGUCAUGGAAUUGGUUCACGGCAUCUUGGGUUUUCUGUUUUUCCUUAGAAAGUUUCUGUGCCCAAUAGAGCUGCAGGUGAAGAGGGCUGGUGGGAUCAGGGUCCUGGUGGAACUGCGGCACAGGUGUGGAUCGGUCGGGUCAGAUUGUAUUUGUGCCCUAGGCCCUGCCUGUUGUCCCUCAAGAGGUGUCCAGGUGAGGGCAUCAUGGGGCAGAGUCUGUGUGUGGUCCGAACAGCUGGAGGGAGACAUGGCCUUUUCCAGACCCCAAGGCCUGCCUCAAGUGUGGUGGUUCCUGGUCCUUUUUAUACCCUUUCUCCUUGUCCCCUGGGGUCCCUACUUCCUUCAGGAAUCUCCUGGUGGAUGACUUGGAGCCCCUGACCACUGCUGUCUCAGGCAUGGCCCUCGGUGUGGCACAAAUGCUCACCACCCCAUCGGUCAUAGCUGUGCCUCCCCAUUGGGGCAGAAGGUGGAGGGACCUGUGCCCUCUCAAGCCUGGGUGCUGGGGUACUCCCAACGGCAAGGGGUCCCCUGAACCUCAGUUUCCCUUCCAUUGCUUUUUCCAACUUGUUGGGGUCAGGGGCCCAACUCUCUGGGCAGGGUGGGGACAGCGGCACCUUCUGGACUCAGCCUUUCCCUGGGGCUGGAGAUCCGUCACAUGUAGUAGGGGCUCACCCCAUCUCUUGGGGCUCUAGAAUCCCAGGGUGACCAAGGUCCAACUGAUCACAUGGGGGACAUGAGGCCAGCUUUGGUUCUCAGGCUCUCACCCCAUAGUAGGAAACAGAAUGCCAUGGGCUGGGCAGCCCCUCUGAUAUAUGCAAAUGGCUGGUCCCACCCCCCUCCCUGUGCCCACGCUGGCUCCGCCCCCAGCAUGCGCACUCUGCCGCUGUGGAUGUCUGUGAACUACACACAUGGACACUGCAGUUGGGGGUCAGGUUGCUCAGGGCACGCACGGCUGCCCACCCCACCUUCUGGCGCAGACGCUUCUUUGUAUUUUUGCGCCCUUUGUAAUGAAAUGUAAUAAAAACCCAAUGUUUUCGUC